AUGGCACAAUUUUCACCAUUCUCUGUACAGGAAGGGAUCUCAGAAGUGUUUGGAAAAAUAAUUCCAACAACUGUAUCAACCGAUAACCAUGGUUACAGCAUAGAAAUAGAACAGGAAUUGCUAGGAGCUGAAUUGUCUUCUUUUCAAAAUAUGAAAAAAGAAGCUGGAUCCUCUCCUCCAGUCAACCAGUUGCUUGAUAAACCAGAGACUGUCACCAACAUAGACACUGGGUAUAAAUACCUUAUCAAUGUGGCCUGUGUGAGUGAUGAAGAAAUCUGGACAAGUGGAAAUGACAGCACCAUGAAACUCUACAGCAUCAAUCAGGGAUCACUACUCAAGUCAAACAGAACCAAGUCAGGGAACAAACCACAGGACAUAGCAGUGACAAAAAGUGGAGAUCUAGUUUAUACUGAUUACAGUAAUAAGACUAAUGAACCAUUCAGUCCACUAGGAAUCACCACAGACAGUCAGAGUCACAUCCUUACAGCUGAUUUUAACAAUGAGUGUGUCCACAUCAUAGACCAGGAUGGACAGUUCCUCCGUUAUAUAGACUGUGGACUGAGUGUUCCCUGUGGACUGUGUAUAGAUACAUAUGACAAUCUGUUUGUUGCUCAGUAUGGAAAUAGACAAGUGAAGAAAAUUAAAUAUCAAAAGUGA